CAAGUCUCUGCGCUAGGUUACUAUAUGCUUUUGUCCGUUUUGGUAUGCUUAGGUUCGGAACUGUGAAAAAGAAUUAUCAUUACUAGAGGAAAGCGAGCUUUGGAUCAUUGCUGUUCCUUUAAGAAUUGACAUGAUUCCUUUUCGGGUAGCCUUGUUGCUACUGCUGGUAGUAUGUUUAAACCCGACCAGGCUCGUAAAUGGGUCAAGAGCAUCCUGUGGUGCAUCAUGGUUUCAGUGCAGAAAUGGACGGUGUGUGCCAUUAAUGUGGAAGUGUGACGGAGAUGAUGACUGUACUGAUGGUAGCGAUGAGAGUGAUUGUGGUAAAAUCACCUGUGGACCAUCAGACUUUGUAUGCCACAAUGGACAUUGUGUGCCAAGCAAAUGGCAGUGUGAUGGCUCAUCUGACUGUGAGGAUGGAUCAGAUGAAAGUCCUGAUAUCUGUCAUGCACAGAUGUGCCAGUUACAUGAAAUAAGCUGUGGCCCUGGCUCUCUUCAGUGUAUUCCUGAUUCCUGGAAAUGUGAUGGAGAAAAGGACUGUGACAAUGGCAGUGAUGAAGAGAACUGUGGCACUUUGGUUUGCAGUAUACUUGAGUUCACAUGCUCCAAUGGCAGAUGCAUUUCCAAAACAUUUAUCUGCAAUGGUGAAGACGACUGUGGUGAUGGGAGUGAUGAACGAGGUUGUGCCCCAUUUGUUUGUCACAUUCAUGAGUUUCAGUGCAAUAGUUCUGAAUGUAUCCCUAUGAAUUGGGUAUGUGACAAUAAUGCUGACUGUGCUGACCAGUCUGAUGAAGCUCCAGAACAUUGUGGGCGUACACUUGCCCCUGUGACCUGCUCUUCCAGUGAGUUCCUGUGCAAGUCUGGUGAAUGCAUCAAUCAUCACUGGUACUGUGAUGGAGAUAAUGACUGCAAAGAUGGAAGUGAUGAAGUGAACUGCUUACCUCGAACAUGUAGACCAGAUUACUUCCAAUGCAGUGAUGGUAAUUGCAUCCCUGAGAACAAGAUCUGCAAUAACUUUGCAGACUGCUCUGAUGCUAGUGAUGAAGCCAACUGCAAGAAUGAAUGCACUGGUCCCUCUGACUUUAAAUGCCAAAGUGGAGAAUGCAUAACUAUAACCCAAGUAUGUGACCACAAAUGGGACUGUAGAGAUCGGAGUGAUGAACCCUUCAAAUGCCGGCUAAAUGAAUGUUUGGUGAACAAUGGAGACUGCUCUCAUAUUUGCAGGGACCUUCUUAUUGGUUAUGAAUGUGAUUGUCCUGCUGGCUUUGAGCUUGUUGAUGACAGAACUUGUGAUGAUGCCGAUGAGUGUCAAAAUCCUGGAGUCUGCAGUCAGAUUUGUAUCAACUUGAAAGGAAGCUACAAAUGUGAAUGUUAUGAAGGAUAUCACAUGGAUCCUGCUACUAGAGUUUGCAAGGCUAUUGGCAAAGAGCCUUACUUGAUCUUCACAAAUCAUCAUGACAUUCGGAAAUUGGGACUGCAUCAUCAAGAGUACAGCCAGGUACUUGUUCAGCUGAGAAAUGCUGUAGCACUGGAUGCUGAUGUUGUGGAGCAAGAGAUCUUCUGGGCUGACUUGGGCCAGCAGGCAAUUUUCAGUGCAUCCAUGAAUAGAUACAAAGGCAAAACUGGUCAGUCAGUCCUUACCAAGGACUUGGGCAUUCCUGUGGGAAUUGCUGUGGAUUGGAUUUACAAGCACAUAUAUUGGACUGACCGUGGUACAAAAACAAUAUCUGUGGCCACAUUGGAUGGAUCCAGAAAGACUGUUCUCUUUGACACCAACUUAACAGAACCAGCUUCUAUAGCAGUUGAUCCACAUUCUGGGUUUGUUUACUGGUCAGACUGGGGUGAGCCAGCAAAGAUAGAAAAGGCAGGAAUGAAUGGUGUUGAUCGCCAAACGUUGGUCGACCAAAGGAUUCAAAGGCCAAAUGGCAUUGCACUUGACCUUGUGAAACACCGCCUCUACUGGGUUGAUGCAAAACUCCACACCCUGUCCAGUAUAGGGCUGAAUGGACAGGAUAGAAGACUAGUGAUCUUGUCACCAGAAUUCCUUUCCCGUCCUUGUGGUGUUGCAGUGUUUGAGGAUCGUGUUUUCUGGAUUGAUGAAGAAACUGAGGCAAUCUAUGGAGCCAACAAGUUCACAGGAGCAGAUGUUGAAACACUUGUUUACAAUCUCCAGCAACCACGUGAUAUCUUGAUUUACCAUGAACUGCUUCAGUUACCUGGUAAGAACUGGUGCAAUGACAGUGGAAGCUGUGAAUACAUGUGUCUUCCUGCUCCUCAGCAUAAAGAAUUCUCUCCCAAAUACACAUGUGUGUGCCCACCUGGAAUGAAACUGGAACAUGGACAGAAGUGUGGAACAGAUUUCACAGCCUGUGGUAUCAAUGAAAUCCAUUGUGGCCAUGGAUCCCAUGAGUGUAUUCCUCUAUCCUGGAAGUGUGAUGGUGAAAAAGACUGUACUAACGGUGGUGAUGAGGAGAACUGUGGCACCCUUACUUGUAGUGCAUUAGAGUUUACUUGCUCCAGUGGCAGAUGUGUUUCCAAAUCCUUUGUUUGCAAUGGUGAAGAUGAUUGUGGUGAUGGAAGUGAUGAAAAAGGAUGUCCUAGAGCUAUAUGUGGCUCACAUGAGUUUCAGUGCAACAACUUGGUGUGUAUCCCUUCAAGCUGGGUGUGUGACAAUAACAUUGACUGUACAGACAAGUCUGAUGAAGCUGCCAAAUUGUGUGGACAUACUCCUGCACCUCUAACAACUUGUUCUAUCAAUGAGAUUCAAUGUAACUCAGGAGAAUGCAUCCACUCCCAGUGGCACUGUGACGGUGAUGAGGAUUGCAAGGAUGGAAGUGAUGAAAUUAAUUGUCCCCCUCGCACUUGUCAACCAGAUGACUUCAGAUGUGGUGAUGGCUCUUGUAUCCAUGGAAGUGCAAAGUGUAAUGGCUAUAAGGAUUGCAAUGAUGGAAGUGAUGAAGCAAAUUGCAAUGGUACAGAAUGCCUUGUACCAACUGAAUUCAAAUGCCAAAGUGGUGAAUGCAUAAGUAUUAAUAAAGUGUGUAACCACUGGCAAGAUUGCAAGGAUCGCAGUGAUGAACCUCCUGAAUGCAAUCAGAAUGAAUGCCAAGUGAACAAUGGUGGCUGCAUGCAUACCUGCCAGGAUCUUGUUAUUGGCUACAAGUGUGGAUGUGCUCCUGGCUUUGAGCUGGUUGAUGACAAAAACUGUAGAGAUAUUGAUGAAUGUCAAAGUCCUGGGACUUGCAGCCAAAUUUGUACUAACACCAUAGGGAGUUAUGAAUGUGCAUGUCACAAAGAAUACUAUAUGGAUCCAGUGACUAGAGUUUGCAAGGCAAUAGGAGAAGAACCUUAUUUGGUUUUUACCAAUCGCCAUGAUAUCCGGAAAGUGGGAUUGCGCCAAAUGGAAUACACCCAAGUAGUUUGGAAGCUGAGAAAUGCUGUGGCACUUGAUGCUGAUGUUGCAGCAAAAAGGAUCUUCUGGGCUGAUCUGGCACAGCAAGCAAUCUUCAGUGUGUCCAUGGAUAAACAUGAAAACAUGAAUAAAUCCAACAUUGCCAAAGAUCUUGGGAUGCCUGUGGGAAUUGCUGUGGACUGGAUCUACAAACACAUCUAUUGGACAGAUUGUGGCACUAAAACCAUAUCUGUUGCUAACUAUGAUGGAAGCAAAAGGAAAAUCCUUUUUGAUACUGACUUGAUGGAACCAGCUUCAGUAGCUGUCAAUCCAUUAUCUGGUUUUCUCUACUGGUCAGAUUGGGGUGAGCCAGCAAAGAUUGAAAAAGCAGGAAUGAAUGGCAAUGACCGUAAUGUUCUUGUGGCUACAGAUAUUCAAUGGCCACAUGGCAUUGCUCUUGAUCUUGUGAGAAGCCGGCUCUAUUGGGUUGACUUAAAGCUGCACAGUCUAUCAAGUGUAGACUUAAAUGGCCAAGACAGAAGAACUAUACUGCAGUCAAGAGAAUUCCUCCCUCACCCUCUUGGAAUCAGCAUAUUUGAGGAUCGUGUGUUCUGGGUUGAUGGAGAAAAUAAAGCUUUAUAUGGAGCCAACAAAUUUACAGGCUCGGAUAUAGAGCUUUUGGUUGCCAACCUGACUGAACCUUCAGACAUCAUUGUUUAUCACAAGCUAACUCAACCAGCAGGCAAAAACUGGUGUGCUGAGAGUCUGAAGACCAGAAGCUGUGAGUACAUGUGUCUGCCAGCUCCUCAGACCAGUAGCUAUGGUCCAAGAUACACUUGUGUCUGUCCAUCUGGAAUGAAGCUCCAAAAGGAUGGAUGGCAUUGUGGAAUGGCUGCAACCUGUGGAACAUCUGACUUUAUGUGCAACAACAGACAAUGCAUAGCCAGUAGGUGGCUGUGUGAUGGUAAAGCUGACUGUGAAGAUGGAUCUGAUGAGCUAACAGAAGUCUGUCAUGAAAUAACAUGUCUUGGCCAUGAGGUCAGCUGUGGCCUGGGGUCACUUCAAUGUAUUCCUGUUGCUUGGAGAUGUGAUGGUGAAAAGGACUGUAGUAAUGGUGGUGAUGAAGUUGGCUGUGGCAUAAUCACUUGCAGCCCAGAAGAGUUCACAUGUCUCAGUGGCAGCUGCAUUUCCAGAACAUUUGUCUGCAAUGGUGAGGAUGACUGCAUUGAUGGAAGUGACGAAGAGAAAUGCCCUUCUCUCAUCUGUGGCAUUCACGAGUUUCAUUGCAACAGUUCAGAGUGUAUACCCUCUAGCUGGGUGUGUGAUGGCAAUGUGGAUUGCACUGAUCAAUCUGAUGAGUCACCAGAACACUGUGGGCGUACAAUCCCCCCUCUUCCUGUAAUCUGUGGUCCAAAUGAACUCCAGUGUGGUUCUGGUGAAUGUAUCCAGCGUCACUGGUACUGUGAUGGUGAUGCUGACUGCAGAGAUGGAAGUGAUGAGGCAAACUGCCCUCUUCAAACAUGUCAACCUGAUCAGUUCCGCUGUGGUGAUGGCAAUUGCAUUCCUGGAAGCAAGAAAUGCAACUUCUUUAGGGACUGUCUUGAUGGUAGUGAUGAAAUCAACUGCAGGAAAAUUUCUGAAUGCAGUGGACCUACUGACUUUAGAUGCAAAAGUGGUGAAUGCAUAAACAUCACCUUAGUAUGCAACCACCAGCAGGACUGCAAAGACUGGAGUGAUGAACUUAAUGGAUGUAAUCAAAAUGAAUGUUUGAAGAAGAAUGGUGGUUGCUCCCACUUCUGUCAUGAUCUUGUCAUUGGUUAUGAAUGUGAAUGCCCUACUGGUUUUGAACUAAUUGACCAGAAAACAUGUGCAGAUGUAAACGAGUGCCUCAAUCCUGGAUCCUGCAGCCAAAUCUGUAUCAAUACAGAAGGAAGCUACAAUUGUGAAUGCCAUGCUGGAUAUAUCUCAGAUCCAGCUACUGGAGCCUGCAAGACCGUAGGAGGAGAGGAGCCAUAUUUGAUUUUUGUAAAUCGCCACGAUAUUCGGAAGUUAGGACUGCAUCACCAAGAGUAUACACAAGUUGCCAAAGAUCUAAGGAAAGCUGUAGCAUUAGAUGCUGAUAUUGCAGAGCAGAGGGUUUUCUGGGCUGAUGUGAGCCAGCAGGCAAUUUUCAGCAUGGUCAUGAAUGAAAGUGCUGAUGAAGCUAGUAUUUUCAAGAUCAACGGCAACUUGCAAAUCCCAGUAGGAAUUGCAGUGGAUUGGAUCUAUAAAAAUGUCUAUUGGACUGACCGUGGGACCAAUACUAUAUCUGUGGCUACAUUUGAUGGAAAGAGAAAGAUCACCCUCUUUGACACUGACCUGAGGGAACCAGCUUCCAUAGCUGUUGAUCCACUAAAUGGGUUUAUCUACUGGUCAGAUUGGGGUGCCCCAAAAAUUGAAAAAGCUGGCAUGAAUGGUGUUGAUCGUCAGAUCUUGGUUGCCACUAAGAUCGAGUGGCCAAAGGGCAUUUCACUUGACUUCGUGAAAAGCCGUCUGUACUGGGUUGAUGCAAAAUUGCACACGUUAGCAAGUGUAGACCUGAAUGGUCAGAAUAGAAGAACAGUAUUGCAGUCAGAAAAAUUCCUUGCACAUCCCUGUGCAGUUGCCGUAUUUGAGGAUCACGUAUUCUGGGUUGAUGCAGACAACAAAGCAGUUUAUGGAGCCAACAAGUACACAGGCAGUAAUGUCAAAGCUUUGGCCUCAAAUGUUGAUGCUCAAGAUAUCAUUGUUUAUCAUGAGCUUAUUCAGGCACCUGGAAAAAACUGGUGUGACCAGAAUAAAGUCUGCGAGUACAUGUGUCUUCCUGCUCCUCAAAUCAACAGCCAAUCGGCAAAGUAUACUUGUGUGUGCCCAACUGGAAUGGAGUUGACCAAAGACGAACAACAGUGUCAACCAGUAACUACACUUACAACAGCAAAUGUGUCUACAAUGGCUUCCAGUGUUGCCCCUGAAUUUUCCUUUGGUCUGUCUACUAAGUCACCAACCAUCUUGGCUACAUCUAAAGGUGUCAAGUCACCUUCCCUUGAAGGAAAGUCAAGAGGAUCUACAGCUGUUUGGGUCAUUUUUAUCCUUGCCCUUCUAACAAUAACUGGCUUAGUUGGCUACUUUGGUUGGCAGUCCUGGCAAAAGAGAAAUGUGCAAUACAUCAGCUUUGAGAAUCCAGUGUUUCAGCAUAAAUCUGACAAUGAAAUGAAAUAAAAUUCCACUUUGGUGUUAACUGGCA